AUGCCGGGCCAAGUAGCUACUGAGGGUAUGGGUUGGGGAGGUCAGGGAUUUGGAUACGGAGCACCAUUCGUUGCUCCUUGUGCACCGGCUCCCUUGAUUUCUUCCGAAUGGACACCUUUAGGACCAGCUACAGUUCCUUCAUCGAAUGGUGGCGGUUUCAUUGUAAGAAGUUCCUCCCCUAUCCCGCCUAUCGGUGUCUCUGUUAUCUCGGACAAUGAGUACGCAGGUCCUCUAGCUGUUGGUGGUCAGCUCCCAUUCUUAGGUACUGUCGGGUUGGAGGGGGCUCUUUCAAGUACAGGAUCGGGAACUGUUUCAUAUGGUUGCGGUAAUGGUAACGUUGGAAUUUUGAGCGAGAACAUUCUCCCCACAGCAACAGAAAUAAGUUACGGUAACGGCUUAGCUCCUGGUUUUGCUGGAGUCAGCUACGGAUUUGGACCUGGAAAUUUCGGUCUAAACGGUCUCAAUAAAUGUGAAGGUCUACAAGGUGCUUAA